ACUUUUUUUCUUGUUUUGGUUGCUCCCUCAUCAUCAUCAUCACCACAUCUGCGCCGCGUCUUCUGACCUGAUUCCGGUCCCAAAGCGCACCAGCCGCGGUCGGGUCGGGGUCCGGUGGGUUCGGGGUGCUGCUGCUUUACCCCACUCCAUGAGACUGGCCCGGAGUGAACCAAAGGUGAUCGAACCGGGCAGUGUCGGUCACGCAGGAGGAGAAGAGGGAACACAAGAAAACCACAACCACAACCCCCCGGGAGCGCGCGGAUCAGCGCCCUGCUGAUUACGCCACGGCGGACAGAAGUUGCUCCGGCGAGCGCGCGCGGGGACUGACGGAUACAAAAUAAAGCGGUUGUGCUCCAGAGCGUUUGAGGUCCCGCUGCACCGGGAGAGGCCACCGGGAGGCUGGAGGAGAAGAUGCUCGGCCGUCGCCCCUUUGGGAAAUACUUGUGACACACAAGGAGCACAUCCCGUCUGUGGAUUUACUGCCGGCCUGCGUGGAAGUUAUUUCUCUGUUCUUCUUCUUCUUCCUCUUCUUCUUGUUCUUCUUGUUCUUUCCCGUGUGGAUUUUUGACAAUUCGAAACACCCACAUCCCCAAAGCACGACAUUUAUUUUUGUUGUUGGCUCAGGUUCAUCUCACCACACGUCCAUGCCAAAAGCGCACUGACGCACAUUUACAAACACAUUAUCACCACCCACUUAAAUCCACACACACACACACACACACACACACACACGUGCACUGUAAGUAUAACCCACUUCACAACAGCACAGAUUGAAAGCCCAUUAGUGUCCAUCAGAAUGGAGGUUGUAUGUCCUUUUUUUCCCAAAUGGAUGUUAUUCUCUCCCAAAAAAAUUUGUUGCCUGGAAACCGCUGAAAGCUCGCCGCCGCUGCAAUUCUCCGACAGAAACGGCCACCGGGUCGUCGCCCCGGUGCACAGCUGGAACCGCAGCUGAGAACCCGACAGCCAUUACAUCGUACAUUUGUAUUCUUCUUUUUUGUGGUUCGCUUUAAAAAAAAAUUUGUCUUCACACACCCCCCCGCCGACAUCAUUUUUCCCAACGGGUCUUUGGACACCCCUCGUCGCCGUCCUCCUCCUCCUCCGCGUCCCGUCCUCUCCUCCGCCAUGGAGGGGAGGGGGUCACUGGAGUGGAGCAUGAGCGGGUGCCACUAUCCGGCGUCGCCGCAGGAGCAGGACCGCCGGUACCGGCACAAGGUGUCCCUGGUGGUGCGCUACUUCAUGAUCCCCUGCAACAUCUGUCUGAUCCUGCUGGCCUUGUCCACGCUGGGCUUCGCCGUGCUCCUCUUCCUCAACAACUACAAACCUCCUCACUUCACGCCGCCGCAGCCUCCUGAUGGCUGCAGAGGGAUGCUGUGCGGCUUCGGCGCCGCGUGCGAGCGCGACCAGGCGGACCCGGCCAAGGCCGAGUGCGUGUGCAAGAGGGUGGACUGCCCGUCCUUGGUGGCGCCCGUGUGCGGCUCGGACUCGUCCACCUACUCCAACGAGUGCGAGCUGGAGAAGGCCCAGUGCAACACGCAGAGGCGCAUCAAGGUUCUGCGCAAGGGGCCCUGCUCUCUGAAGGACCCCUGCGCCGACGUCGCCUGCAGCUACGGCAGCACCUGCAUCCAGUCGUCGGACGGCCUCUCGGCGAAGUGCAUGUGCCCCCUCGGCUGCGACGGCCGGCGCCAGCAGACGGUGUGCGGCAGCGACGGCGACGACUACCGCAGCGAGUGCGAGCUCCACCAGCACGCCUGCAAGAGCCAGAAGAACCUGCGGGUGCAGUACCAGGGGCCCUGCGACCCGUGCAAAGACAGCGAGAACAACCUGAGCUCGAUGUGCCGGGUGGAGGCGCUGACCCGCGAGCCGCUCAUCUUCGGCCUGCCGGAGUUGUGCAUGCUGGACAACGAGCCGCUGUGCGCCAGCGACGGCCACACGUACCCCAGCGAGUGCGCCUUGGCAGCGACGAGCAUGCAGAAAAGCAUCAAGCUCCGGAAGGUCCACGCGGGCCGCUGCAGGAGGCCGGAGCGCUGCCAGGACGAGUGUCGCUUCAACGCCGUGUGCGUGGUGGAGCCGCAGAACGCCCGCUGCUCCUGCGACCCCAUCGAGUGCGACGGCACCUACAAGCCCGUGUGCGGCGAGGACGGCCGCACGCACACCAACGACUGCGCCCGGCGCAAGGCCGAGUGCCUGGGCCGGGCCCCCGUCCCCGUCAAGCACCCGGGGCCCUGUGAUCUCAGCAUACCGAGCCCCUGCCGGGAGAAGGCGUGCGACCACGGCGCGGUGUGCGUGGUGAAGAACGGCGAGCCCGUGUGCGAGUGCCCCGAGGCGUGCCCGCAGGCGGCGGACCCCGUGUGCGGCUCCGACGGCCACAGCUACGGCAGCCCCUGCGAGAUGCGGGCCAUCGGCUGCGCCCUGCAGAGGGUCGUCCACGUCCAGCACCGAGGCCUCUGUGAUGAUGCCUGUGCCAACUGCUCCUUUGGGGCAAUCUGCGAUGAACAGAGCGCCAAGUGUGUGUGCGCGUCGGAGUGCGUGGACUCCCACCAGGCCGUGUGCGGCAGCGACGGCGGCACCUACGACAGCGAGUGCGAGCUGCACGUGCGGGCCUGCCAGCAGCAGAUGGACCUCCGCGUGGUCAGCCAGGGAGAGUGCAAAACAUGCGGCAGCGUUGUUUGCGCCUGGGGGGCCCGGUGCGUCCAGAACAAGUGCGAGUGCCCGCAGUGCCCCGGCGAGGCCUUCCACCCGGUGUGCGGCAGCGACGGCACCACCUACGACAACGAGUGUGAACUCGGCGCCUCCUCCUGCAUGCAGAGGAGGAGGAUCGAGGCGGCGAAGCCCGGCAGCUGCGAUGAAGACUGCGGCUCAGGAGGGUCGGGCUCGGGGGCGGAGAGCUGCGAGCAGGACCGCUGUCGCAUGUUCGGAGGCUCGUGGGACGAGGACGCGGAGGACGACCGCUGCGCCUGUGACUUCAGCUGCCACAGUGUGCCACACAACCCGGUUUGUGGCUCCGAUGGAAAGAACUACAGCAACGAGUGCCAGCUGAAGAAGGCCAGAUGUGAGAAACAGGAGCACUUGUUGAUUCAGAACCAGGGACACUGUGCAGCAGCUCCAGCCACAGCUCUGCCCGAGCCGACGCCCCCCCAGCACUGCAGUCUGUCCGUGUACGGCUGUUGCCACGACAACACGACGGCCGCCAUGGGAGUCGGACUGGCCGGAUGUCCGAGUACCUGUCAGUGUAAUGUCUACGGCUCCUACAAGGGGACGUGCGACCCGGCCACGGGUCAGUGCUCCUGUAAGCCGGGCGUCGGGGGACAGAAGUGCGACCGCUGCGAGCCGGGCUUCUGGAACUUCCGUGGCAUCGUGACGGAGAACAUCAGCGGCUGCACGCCGUGCAACUGCGACGCCACGGGCUCGGUCCGGGACGACUGCGAGCAGAUGUCGGGCCUGUGCUCCUGCAAGACGGGAACGAAGGGCAUCAAGUGCAACGUGUGUCCAGACGGAAGCAAGAUGGCCACGUACGGCUGCGACAAAGGCCCCGAGGCCCCGGCGUCAUGCGACGACCUCGUGUGCGGCUUUGGAGCCGCGUGCAUCGAGGUCGACGGCCAAGCCCACUGCGAGUGCCCGCCGCCCGACUGCGACGAGAGAAACAAAACCAAGGUGUGCGGCUCGGAUGGGGUGACCUACGCCGACCAGUGCCAGCUGAGGACCAUCGCCUGCAGGCAGGACAAGGACGUGGCGGUCCAACACUUUGGACAGUGCACAGAAACCAUCUCUGAGCCGGCAGACCGACCCACCCCCAACCCCCCCACCACCGCCGCCGCCACCAUCACCGCCACCACCCCGGCCCCAUUCCACCCAAACAUGGUGGAGGCCCUCCCGCCUCCGAGGACGGAGGAGACGGAGACCGCCGGGCGGCCCCCGGCCACCACCCGCUCCUCCAAACUCACGCACAACCGAGCGAGCUCCGUCCACAACCAGCCCGCCGGCAACGCCGACCCCUCUCGCGGCCGCCACGCCCCCUCCGCCACCGCCAUCAGGUCCUUCGAGGGCUCGGGCAGCGGGGAGCCGAGCGGGGACGAGCAGAUCGAAGAAGAAGAAGAGCAGGAAGGGGAAGAGGAAGCAGGUAGCGGCAUCCCAGCGGAGGCCAGUGGGGCCGAGGAGCCUGCCGACACCACGCUGAUGAGCACCGCCGUACCCUCGGCCGAGGUCAGGUCGUCGUGUGACAACGAGGAGUUCGGCUGCUGCCCCGACGGCAGGACGGCGUCCGGCACCCCGGAGGGCGCCAACUGCCCCCCCCUCCAUGCCUCGGCCAGCUUUUGGGACGAGUCUCGGUCUGCCACCAUGAAGUUCAGCGGGUUCCUGCACUUGGACCAAGUCGAGGGCCAGGAGAUCUUCUACACCCGCGAGAUGGAGGACCCCAAGUCGGAGCUGUUCGGAGAGACGGCGCGCAGCAUCGAGAGCGCUCUCAACGAGUUGUUCAGGAAGUCGGACGCACACAAAGACUUCCUGAGCGUCCGGGUCCUGAACCUGGCGCCCAGCAACUCCAUCCUGGCCUUCGUGGAGGCCAACUUCAAGCCAGAUACGAGAUACACGGUGGAGGACAUCAAGGCAGCGCUGCUGAAGCAGCUGAAGGCCUCCAGAGACACCAGCAUCGCCGUGAAGAAGCCGGAGGACGAGAACAUCCACUUCACCAAUUAUGUCGUCUCCUCCAUCCCCUUAUUGACCACCACCACCACCACAGUGGCGUCGGUCACCACCGCCGCCCCCACCAUCGCCAUGACCACCGCCGCGGCUGCCGCCACUACGACCUCCAGGCCUCCGCCGACCUCCCCGUACAUCACCCGCCGCCCGCCGGGCACCACCCGCAGGCCUCACGGCGGCAGGCGCACCACCACCACCACCAGCACCACCACGUCCGCGCCGAUCACCACGCCGCUGCCGACCACCACCGCCGCCGCCACCACCAUGGCGGCGGCGGUCACCACGGCCGUGCCGCAUCCGGCGACCACCGGCGCUCACGUCAGGGGCCGCCUCCACCACCACAAGACGCAGAAGCCCUGCGGCUCCCACCCCUGCCUCCACGGGGGAACCUGCGAGGACGACGGCAACGACUUCAGCUGCAUGUGCCCCGCCGGCCGAGGAGGCUCCGUGUGCGAGAAGGUGAUCCGAUACUUCAUCCCGGCGUUCGGGGGCCAGUCGUACUUGGCGUUCCAGACCAUGAGCGCCUACCACACGGUCCGCAUCGCCAUGGAGUUCCGGGCGUCGGAGAUGAGCGGCCUCCUGCUCUACAACGGCCAGACGGGCAAGAAGGACUUCAUCUCCCUGGCCCUGGUGAACGGCAAGGUGGAGCUCAGGUUCAACACGGGCUCGGGCACCGGCACCCUGGUCAGCAAAGUGCCGGUCACUCGGGGCCGCUGGCACCAGCUGGUGGUGACGCGCAACCGGCGCAACGCCAAGCUGAGCGUGGACAACGAGCCGCACAUCGACGGCGAGAGUCCGCGCGGCACCGACGGCCUCAACCUCGACACCGACCUGUUCAUCGGCGGGGUGUCCGAGGACAUGAAGCAGGAUGUGAGGGAGCGGACGGCGGUGGCCGGCGGCCUCGUGGGCUGCAUCCGCCUGCUGGACGUCAACAACCGGAUGCUCAACCUGCAGGAGAGCGGCGGCGACAGCGUGUACGGCAGCGGCGUCGGAGAAUGCGGCAACAACCCCUGCCAGCCCAAUCCCUGCAGGAACGCCGCGGCGUGCCAGGUCAAGGAGGCGGAGAUGUUCCACUGCAAGUGCAGCAAAGGAUUCUGGGGUCCAACCUGCGCCGACCUCCAUGACCCGUGCGAGCCCAACAGGUGCCACCAGUCCUCCCAGUGCCAGGCGCUGCCCGAGGGAGGCUACAAGUGCGAGUGUCCCAUGGGGCGUGAAGGCAGGCACUGCGAGAAAGUGGCGGAGAGGCGAGGGGCUUACAUGCCGCUGUUCAACGGAGACUCUUACCUGGAGCUGAAGGGGCUCCACCUCUACGGGCAAGAUCUGCGCCAAAAGGUCAGCAUGACGGUGGUGCUCAAGGCCAACGACUCCAACGGCUUGAUCUUCUACAACGGCCAGAAGACGGACGGGAAAGGCGACUUCAUCUCUCUGUCCCUCAACGACGGCGUCCUGGAGUUCCGCUACGACCUGGGGAAGGGGCCCGCCACCAUCAGGAGUAAGGAAGCGAUCCAGCUGAACGUGUGGAUCACCGUCAACCUGGAGCGCUCCAACCGCAAAGGAGAGAUCACGGUGAACAAGAAGGACGCCGUCCGAGGCGAGGCGCCGAACCUGCACGUGGACCUGAACCUGAAAGAGUCUCUGUUUGUGGGCGGAGCUCCGGACUACAGCCGACUGGCGAGGGUGGCCGCGCUCACCGACGGCUUCAAGGGGACGAUCCAGGAGAUCAUCCUGAUGGGUACCCCCAUCCUCCGAGAGGAGAACGCCCUGCGCUCCAGCGAUGUGGCCAUGUUCCAGGACCACCCGUGCUCCCGGAAGCCGUGCCACAACGGCGGCCGCUGCAGGCCCUCGCUGGACGCCUACGAGUGCCUCUGCCUCAACGGCUUCCGAGGGGAGCGCUGUGAGAACGCCGUCUACGAGAAGGCCGCCGGAGAGACCGAGGCCAUCGCCUUUGACGGGCGGACGUUCGUUGAGUACCACAACGCGGUCACGAAGAGCGAGAAGGCCCUGCUGGUGAACAAGUUUGAGCUGAGCGUGCGGACCGAGGCGACCCAGGGCCUGGUGCUGUGGAGCGGGAAGGGCGUGGAGCGCUCCGACUACAUCGCCCUGGCCAUCGUGGACGGACGCGUCCAGAUGACCUACGACCUGGGCUCCAAGCCCGUGGUGUUGCGCUCCUCGGUGCGCGUCGACACCAACCGCUGGAUACGCAUCAAGGCCAGCAGAGCGCUCAGAGACGGCUCUCUACAGGUCGGCAACGAGGCGGCCGUAACGGGGUCAUCGCCUUUGGCAGCGACGCAGCUGGACACGGACGGAGCCCUGUGGUUGGGCGGUCUGGAGGAGCUGGCGGUGGCCCGCCGGUUGCCCAAGGCCUACAGCACCAGCUUCAUCGGCUGCAUCAAGGACGUGGUGGUGGACGGCGUGGAGCUCCACCUGGUGGAGGACGCCUUAAACAGCCCCAACAUAUUACACUGCUCCGCCGCCAAAUAAACCAGCAGAGACAGAAUAUAUUGAGAGAAACGGAGAAGAGAAAAAAACACCCCAGAAAACACUCCCACUCGCUCCCUCCAUAGCGCCCAUGUCUCCUGCUGUAAUUAUUUUCUAUUUUUGUAUACUUUUCAUUGCUUUUUAUAUGGAAAGAGAGUGAAUGUUUUAAUUUUUUUGGGGGAAUAUAUUUUGUUCUUUUUUGUGUUCUUUUCUCAUUUUGUUGUUGUUGAAAUCUGUACCUCCAUAAACAGAAACACACUUUUUCUUUAUUUUUUCUUAAUGUCCCCUGGCCCCUCCAUCUUUUUUUUUUUUAAACGCAGGCAUCUCUGUGAGGAGAAAAAUAAAAUUUAAAAAAAAGAGAUUUUAAUCUCUUUCUGUUUUGUUGUAUUAAAACAAACGCAAAGAAGAAGAAGAAAACGCCUGUUCCUUUUUCUCGCUCAUUACUUGAACACUGGUGGACCUCGCCGAUGAUCUCUGGCUACUGCCUUGUCUUGGUACCAUAUAUAUAUAUAUAUAUAUAUCGUCACAUUCCCCAAGCAUGGCCUAUACACCCGUGAGUACAUAGACCCCCUCCUCCUCCUCCUCCAACACGUGGGAGCUGCACUCGGUGGCGGCGGCGGCUCUUUGAUGCCGCAGCCAGCUGGCAUCUCCAGCUAAGAAACUCUGCAAUCAGCCCCCGCUUGCCCGCUGUAUUUUUUCCUAAUGGGACUUUUCAGAUAUCAGUCAAGCUGCUACAGUGAGAAAGUACACAGUCAGAACCACUCCAUCAACCAUCAUCCCCCAUCUCACAGCGCCGACACACAAAAAAAGAAGAAGAAAAAAAAACCUCUCCUCUCAAUCUGAAUCCCAUCAGAGCCUUUAGUUUUGAAAUACGACUCGCUUUCCACUGCAAGCCGACAUGACGGAGAGACGACUCGCAUAUCAUCGGUCAUAAGUCAAAACAUGAAUACAUGUUAUAAAUAUAGAGUAUAUAAAUAAUACCUGAGACUGUGAAUAUGUAAGAUGGGUUCUCAUGUACUAUUGUGCGUUCUGUUUUUACAACCCGCAGAUGUAAUUAAUGAUGACCACUAUAAAUGCAUGCACUUCUGCAGUGUUGGUUUGGGAUCUGGUUUGUUUUUAUUUGACAUUUUGUUCCCAAAAAUUUUUUUAUUCUAAUUUGUAUAAUUGUCACAGUUUUGGGGGGUUUGUUUGUUUAGUUGUUUCAUCGAAUUUUGUUUUGUUUUUGUUGCAAUGACUAUAAAAAAAGAGUCCUUUUUUCCCCCUCUUUAUUUCUACCGAUGUGAUUUCAAGAAACUACAGAGUUCGGAAUAAUGUUUUAUAUUCCUUCAUUCCCUGUGUCUUUCUAUAUUUUCUUGUUUCUUGGGAGCGGUUAGUUUCUGCUGGACUUCUGCAGCUUGAGAGGAAGUCGUUACCACAUCUGACCUUAAGGAGGUGCUGAAAGCAAAGACUGAAGGAGAAGAAAAAAGGACAGACAGAAAGGAGGCGAGGAGAAAUCUAAUCACAGGGGUGGAGGGUGGUGGUGGUGGGGGGGGGGGACGUCCUGUCAAACAACAAGCAGUCGUCAAACACAAACUAACAACAAAAACACUCUGCCCGAGACGUCAUUUAAUUUCUCCUAUUUGACCUCGGAGCAUUCCUGGAGGAGUCUUUAUUUUCUUUCUUUUGGCUGUAGAGAGAAAUAGAGAGAGAGAGAGAGACUGUGACGUUGUUGUGACCUGUCGAAGCCAUAACAGCCGCAACAAUGGGGGGGGGGGGGAUGCAUAAUCCCACAGUGAGAGUGAACAUGUGUUUGUGGUGCGAGUCGGUGAACUGAUGCAAACGCCGAGUCGUCAUGAACCCCGAUGAGCGUCGAUGACCGACUGAAGGACACGUGUUUUGAUACGAGAGCUUUGGCAAUAUUCUGAGACUGAGAUCAGGCCCGUUCGUGGUUAUAGUAUCAAAUGGUCUUGUGCUGUUUUUAUUCUUUUCAUUUUCUUUCCUCCUUAAGUUCUUGACUAUUGUUUUCCUUCCUUAAAUCAUCCAAAACAAUCCUGUUUUUUUUUUUGUACAGCCCUGCAAUUUCUAAGUGUAAAUUUAGCAAUUUGUGUUUUUACCUGUGGAGGUUUAUGUUUUUAGUAAGAUACACUGGAUACACAUGUCUGAUACCCCACCCACCCCCACCCCCACGCACAUGGGGGGAGGGAAGGCCCUGAAGCUACCGUACCGUGUUGUGUCAUCACGCUCCCGAGCAUCCACCCUGGACUGGGGGUGGGGGGCGGGGGGGAGACCCGUUUCCUGGUGUCACCCCCUCCCCCUAAAAAAAAAAAAGACGCGUUUAAAUUCCAGCACUUACCCGUACAAACCCUUAAGAUCGGUCUUACUUUUCUUUGGAUUUGAUGCAUUCAGGUGGUGACGCUUCCCCCGUGUAUUUGGACGGACUCGCGGACCAUCCAGACGGUGGCAUUGUGUGGGGUCGGGUGGGAACUAUUUGCCUUAAUAAUAAUAAUAAUAAUAAUAAUAACAACAUGUUUUAAUAAACGGUCACCCAGACUCUGAGCAGGUGACAGACGUCAUCCAUAUAACCGUUUCCUUAUUUUAGCCAGUGUAUUAGCCUCAUCCCCAUAAUGUAAAGGAGUAAUACAUAAUAAUAAUUAUAUUAGUAAUAAUGCCUCAUACACAAAAAAAAAGAAAAUCCCAGGGGGCCUCUGCGAAUGUCCCCUCUGGCUUUUUACAAAAAAUCUUCUAUUUACUGUUUUUUGAAUCAGAUUUCUGUUCCUUAUUUAUGUCUACAUGUGGAUUACCCUCCAUGUCGGGCCUCUGUAAACUACUGUCUGACCUCCUCAAAGGGCAGUGCGCCGAGUAAGAGUGGCAUGACCUGAACAUUACUAACUUUAUGACCUUUGUCUUGUGUUCCUACCACCAUGAAAUAAAACGUCAACCAAUGGAG